GAGGCGUUCCCCAUUCCGCGCCCCGGCUGCAGGUUUAAAGUCCCGGGAGCGGAGAGGGAGGGGGAGGACGUCGAGACCGGAAAGGAGGAACGAACCUGCUUCGGUUGCAGCCCUCUAGGACGUCUGCAGGCCAAGGGCCUGCUGGUCACAGCGUCACCCAAGGACGUCCAAACCCAGAGACCCGCUAACGGUCGACAACCCAGGAACACUCCUACAGACGCACCCUCCAUGAGAUAGACUGCAUUCAGCUGAGUCUGCAAGACUGAGACGAGUUGGGUUGAUUACAGGUUGAUUGACAGUAGAGGUCUGUUUAAGUCAAAAUGUCCCCCAAAAUCCAGGGUGGUUCUGUGGUAGAGAUGCAAGGAGAUGAAAUGACCCGAAUCAUUUGGGAACUAAUUAAAGAAAAGCUCAUUUUGCCCUAUGUGGAGUUGGACCUACACAGCUAUGAUUUAGGCAUAGAGAAUCGUGAUGCCACCAAUGACCAGGUCACCAAGGAUGCUGCAGAAGCUGUAAAGAAAUAUAACGUUGGCGUCAAGUGUGCUACUAUCACCCCUGAUGAAAAAAGGGUUGAGGAGUUCAAGUUGAAACAAAUGUGGAAAUCGCCAAACGGCACCAUCCGGAAUAUUCUGGGUGGCACUGUCUUCAGGGAAGCUAUCAUCUGCAAAAAUAUCCCCCGGCUUGUGAGUGGAUGGGUAAAACCCAUCAUUAUAGGUCGCCAUGCUUACGGGGAUCAAUACAGAGCAACUGAUUUUGUUGUACCUGGGCCUGGAAAAGUAGAGAUAACCUACACACCAAGUGAUGGAGCCCAAAAGGUGACAUACUUGGUACAUGAUUUUGAAGACUGUGGUGGUGUUGCCAUGGGAAUGUACAAUCAAGAUAAAUCAAUCGAAGAUUUUGCACACAGUUCUUUCCAGAUGGCUCUGUCUAAGGGUUGGCCUUUGUAUCUGAGCACCAAAAACACUAUUCUGAAAAAAUAUGAUGGACGUUUUAAAGACAUCUUUCAGGAGAUAUAUGACAAGCAGUACAAAUCCCAAUUUGAAGCCCAAAACAUCUGGUAUGAACAUAGGCUCAUCGAUGACAUGGUGGCCCAAGCUAUGAAAUCAGAGGGUGGCUUCAUCUGGGCCUGUAAGAACUAUGAUGGUGAUGUGCAGUCAGACUCCGUGGCCCAAGGUUAUGGCUCCCUUGGUAUGAUGACCAGCGUGUUGGUCUGUCCAGAUGGCAAGACAGUAGAAGCGGAGGCUGCCCACGGGACUGUCACACGUCACUACCGCAUGUACGAGCAAGGUCGGGAGACAUCCACCAAUCCCAUUGCUUCCAUUUUCGCCUGGACCAGAGGGUUAGCCCAUAGAGCUAAGCUUGAUAACAACAACGAGCUUAGUUUCUUUGCAAAGGCUUUGGAAGAAGUCUGCAUUGAGACCAUUGAGGCUGGCUUCCUCACCAAGGACUUGGCUGCUUGCAUUAAAGGUUUACCCAAUGUGCAACGGUCUGACUACUUGAAUACCUUUGAAUUCAUGGACAAACUCGAAGAAAACUUGAAAAUAAAACUAGCUCAAGCCAAACUUUAAGAUCAUACUUUGGCUUAGGACCUUAAGGUUGUUACUUUUUUUUUUUGUAACUAGGUCCAUUGGUUUACAUUUUUCUGUAUAACACUCAAGGGUAAAAACAAAAUCAAUUUUGUAAUUUGUCUAGAAACCAGAAAUUAUCUUUCCUAUACAUUUACAGUUUUUUUUUUUUCUUAUACCUACAUGAAUGUGGCAGGAGACUUUGUUUCUACAGGCAGUCCCUGGGUUACGAACAUCCGAUUUACCUACAACCCCGUAGUUAAAAUCAACCCCCAUAAAGGCUAUUAUAUUAAAAAUUCAAGGUAUAUACAGUGGUUCAUAAUAACAAUGUGUAUCAAAACAUUAUUGUUAUUAUUACUGUAUUUUGUUCAAGGUGUUUUACUGCAUCUGAAAGUGUUUCUUUAAUGUUUUUUAUGCACAGCAAGGCACAUUAUAUACUAAGACAAACACUUAACUGACAUUAGAUACAAUCUAUACCUAACUGUUGUGACUUAGGUACAAAUUUGACUUAAAGACAGGUUUAGGAACUGAACUUGUUCCCUAAUCUGGGGACUGGCUGUACUUGCUUUUCUAGUAGCAGCCUAGGAAUUACUUUAGUACUCCUUGUACUUACUGUCACUUUUUCUCAUGUUCAGAAAUAAAUGACCAAAAUCAAGAGUGCUUGGAAGGGUAAACUAGAGCCACAGUAUUGUUCUCUUCCAAAUUUACUCUCUCCCCCUCAUUCAUGGCCUGGGGCACUGGCUGGUUUUGGUGAUACUGAUCCCUCAUUAUGUGAGAUGGAGCUGUACGUUGAACUUGUGCAGUUUUGGAACAAAGAGCAUGAGUUAACUAAAACGUUUGGCUGUCAUUUUUGGAAAGAGUUCCUGUUGAAUGUUUUGAAGAUGCUAAAUGUUUUGGAGGACACAGGGGAGUUUGGAAUCCAGAAUAAAUACUACCUGGAGAUUUGUCCUCUGUUUGUCCUACCUCCGCUUGUCUUGUGUGGCCUGAGUAUUGAGCUACCCUAAAUACAUUUUUUCAUCCAAGUGCAAUAAUACAAGCUGCACCUUUUCUGGACUCUUGUUGGCUUGUUUUCUUUUAUAUAAAUGUGAUUUUUCAGAAGUUAGCGUUCAACACUAUUCUGGUCAUGUUCCUCCUCUGAACUGUUAAUUUUAAAUAAAAUUAAAUGCUAAUGGCUA